UAAGUUUAGUUCCGCUAUCUUAUUCGGGUGUUUAACGUAGGAGGAAAAAUUAUAAAACCAACUAGUAGACUGUGGUGCUGUAUUCAUUGUUUCUGUGUAUAGGGAGCUAAACGUUUAGAUCUAAGCUCGUUAUGGCGCUUACACUAUCGAAAAAGCAGGCACAGAUUAAUCUUGUUCACAUAUAUUCCAUAUAUUUGGUUAUUUUAGCUGUAGUUGAUUCAAGAAUAUCUGCUACAAUCCCGAAGAACCGAGAUAGUUAUGUCAUCCAAUCCCAAAUCGCUGAUACAGCUUCUGUUCCAGCUUUCUCACAGAAAUUAAAUGCUGCACCAAGCAAUCAGAUACAAACUGUUACCAGUAACCUAGAAGAAAACAGAAAAAUAAUAAAAAUUAUCAAACCGGGAUUGACUCAGAGCACUUUGAAAUAUAAAAACCUGAAUUCAGCUUUAGUACAACUUCGUUCUCAUGUUUCAAAUCAGAUAGGUACAGGACCACAUCAUUUCACAAAAUCACACAAGUUGAAAACGCUUACUAAUGAAGCUCCGCUGCUCAAAUACAAGCCUUAUUCAGAAUCAUUGUAUAAUACUGGAAAACAUAUUGUUGAAACUCCAUUUACUAGACAAAAUAAUCCAAUGUACAUACCAUACUUUUUUAACAAACCAAAAACACUGCAGAAAUUUCUUGCUUCAAAUAAGGCAAUGCUCAACAAAUACGACGCUCUAAUGUCCGAUUUAGGUAUAUCAGGUUAUUCGCAUUUUGAAAAUGCUGUCAUUCGUGAUUUAGAGAAACGUGAAGAACAAAAGGUAGAAGCAACUAUACAUACAUUAUUCGAAACUCAUAACACUAUACCAAAGACACACAAUUCUACCGAUAGUAUAAAUAAAGUCGCAUCUUCAGAUUUAUAUAGUUUGAAUGUCCGCAAUGAACAUAAUUUGAAUAAAAUCCCGCAUUUUGAUAGAACCAUAACCGAGCUAAACAAAAUAAUGCCAAAACAAAACAAUACAAAACACUUGGACAAAGUAACAGCUUAUUCAAAUUUGAAAGAGGAAGAUAUCGGUUUUGUUGUCCACAAAACAAUGAAUUCAUCGACUUCAAAAAAUGCCAGUAAUUCCAAGAAAACAGAAAAAUCUGCUUUAUCAAUAUUCAAUACCAAGCGUCUAAAACAAAAAGAACGCAAACUUGCACGAUACAGAAAUGCCAGUGAUCCAAUUAAGCCAUCAACUACAACAUUGAUACAGAGAGGUAUCCAAACAUCAAUGGAUAAGAAAUUAUCACGUUUUCGUGUAAAUGUGUCAAAGAAACUAGACUUGGUUAAGAAUAAGAAUAGCAGCAGUACUCAAACAUGGGAAAAUUAUAACCAAAAUGAAAUUAAUUCAGAUAACACAACUAUUAGUGCACUUAAUUCGCCUGAAAUAAUCACUCUUUCUAAACAGUUAAAACAAAAUUUCCCUUACGGUCACACAUUUAAUAGGAAACUAGAAUCAUAUCAGGUGGCACUAGAAUCAUAUGCAACAAGCAGGAAAAAAGUUGCUGAUAAACAAAAACCUAAAAGCUUACGAGGAUCCAUCAAGUUUAAAGAUCAUUACAAUAAUGAUUUAAAGGCUUUCUAAAUUGGCUGUGUAUUUAAGUUUAAUUUAUUAAAAUUAUUUAUUAUAUUCUAAAAUGUUAUUAUAGCUUGUUGGCUCAACAAACUUUGUUGGCUGUUUUAUUAGAAAGAUUCCCCUUUUUAGUGACAAUUCGUAUUAUAACAAUAAGGUAAUCCAUGAGAUAGAUAGCAUCAGUUGUUUUUUUUUAUGUUACCAUGAUUUUUUGACAUGCGAUGAAAAGGGUGAUAGUUGAUUGAUACAUAAAUACAUACAUUCAAUGUGGUAGUCGAGUUUUCUUCUGAUGAUCACAGCAAGCAAGGAGUUGAGGAGACUGACAGCAGAGUGUGGUGGACCACUUGGUGAAGAAGAUUUCCUAUAUUAUAAUGCUUUGAUUGUUUCAUUAACAAUUGUGGUAAAAGCCUAGUUUGGUGUUUGAAAGGAAUCGCUCAAGAAACUUCUUGACCGAUUCCUGGCAGAAACUUUCCACGGUGACUGCCAUUUGAACUGUCAUUUCUUCGCAACUGCGUACUGUGAUCGAAGAAAAACGGUUUCUUGGGCGAUUCAGGCAAGGAAUUUCCCAUGCAUCAAGAUAGGCCGAAAAAUUUCUUCUGAACUGCAAACAGCGCUAAAAAGUAAAAAAAAAUCAUCCGACAAAUUAUUUUUGAUUUUAUGAUGCAUAUUGGGUUUGAUUGUUUUAGACAGGGCUGAAAAUCAUCACCGUCUGAACAAAAAAGUCGACGACGAGAAUGAAAACUAGGCAGUCGUCGUUGCUUGUUUCACAUCGGAUGACUGAGUUUAGCCAGCGAAUCGCCGUGAAGAGAUCCAAAUUAAAUGCGCGAGCAACUGCGCGAGCAGUGUAAGACAGAGUGCCUACCACCUCGCUGCAUCGCGCGAGCAAAAAAUUUAUUUGCAGCGCAAUAUCGAGUUCUGAAAUUCUGUGCCGCUACAUCGCGCGAACAAACCGUUAACCAACAUGCGCUAGAAGUUUUAAAAUAACUUAUGAAGUGUGAGCCAAGCUUUGAACGGAUUUCCUGUAUAUGACAAUUUAACUGAAAUUUUACUCCAAAUCACAAUUCUAAAAAAAAAUGUUCGGGGAGCAAAAAAGUAAUAUCGUCAAACUUCCCAGGAUGCUCCUACAGAUAUAUGGGAACUUGACUGCAUCUUUGGUUUUGGGCCCUAGGCCGGCAAUGUUGCCAAAAUCACGAUAUUCUUCGUAUAUGGAAAUUUCACAGAAAUUUUACUCCAAGUCACAAUUUGAAAAAAAAAAUGUUCGGGGAGCAAAAAAGGAAUAUCGUCAAAUUUUCUAGGAUGCUCCUACAGACAUAUGGGAACGUGACUGCAUCUUUGGUUUUGGGCCCUAGGCCGGCAAUGUUGCCAAAAUCACGAUAUUCUUCGUAUAGGGAAAUUUCACAGAAAUUUUACUCCAAGUCAGAGUUCGAAAAAAAAUGUUCGGGGAGAAAAAAAGUAAUAUCGUCAAACUUUCUAGGAUGCUCCUACAGACAUAUGGGAACGUGACUGCAUCUUUGGUUUUGGGCCCUAGGCCGGCAAUGUUGCCAAAAUCACGAUAUUCUUCGUAUACGGAAAUUUCACAGAAAUUUUACUCCAAGUCAGAGUUCGAAAAAAAAAAUGUUCGGGGAGCAAAAAAGUAAUAUCGUCAAACUUCCCAGGAUGCUCCUACAGACAUAUGGGUAAUUCUCGCUGAGACCGGCCCACUAUUUACACCUUGUCUUCAAAAAUGUUUAAGGUGCCGAUUUUCUGAAAGCCCUCGCCUAAAAAGUAAGAAAAAUGCAUUUGGUUACUCAAAUUGAUGGACCCCCCGUUAGUUAGAGCCACAACAAUUUUUGCAGACCCCUCGAUUUUGGUCAAAUGGUGGCUCACUAAAACCGUUAUAACUCGAAAGUUUCACCGAAAACCACCUCAAAACGAAAUGUUGUUGAAAAGAGGAGAGAUAGAGCUACUAUUUACAAUAAUAAAAAGUUGGGUCGGCCAUAUUGAUUUUGGCCACCAUCUUGGAUUUUUAUACAAAAACAUUUUUUUCACCAUGAGGGCAACCGCCGAUUUAAGAAAUUUUUGCAUCAAUUGAAAGCUGGGACAUUUAUACAUAGCAUAUCAAAAAAUUAAAGAUGUCUUUUUCUUCUUUUAAAAGUUAUCUACAGUUUUGUAAAUUGAGCCACGUUUUCUCCAUACAUUUGCAUGCGCACCGGCAAAGACAUGCAACAGCAUCCGAGUUUACGCCUGCAUGUAUACACAAAGGCGCGUGCCGCAAAAUUUGGCCAAAUCGGAGGUUCGUUUCCGUUUUGACUGUUUCUCAAUGAUGCGGGCAUUGUUUUUAUAACUUUUUUUAGUGUUUAGAAAAGCUUAAACCUUCAACUUUCCAUUAGUGGGUUCAGAAUUUUAAUUCUUGUUUGUUAACACUGCGAAAAAACGCUGCAAUUAUGUAAACGGUCGGCACCGGGCCCAGUGCGCAAAAGUGGCAUGAUUUACGAAACGGCAGAUAACUUUUGAAAGAAGAAAAAGACAUCUCUAAUUUUUUGAUAUGUUAUGUAUAAAUGUCCCAGCUUUCAAUUGAUGCAAAAAUUUCUUAAAUCGGCGGUUGCCCUCAUGGUGAAAAAAAUGUUUUUGUAUAAAAAUCCAAGAUGGCGGCCAAAAUCAAUAUGGCCGACCCAACUUUUUAUUAUUGUAGAUAGUAGCUCUAUCUCUGCUCUUUUCAACAAUAUUUCGUUUUGAGGUGGUUUUCAGUGAAACUUUCGAGUUAUAACGGUUUUAGUGAGCCUCCAUUUGACCAAAAUCGAGGGGUCUGCAAAAAUUGUUGUGGCACUAACUAACGGGGGGUCCAUCAAUUUGAGUAACCAAAUGCAUUUUUCUUACUUUUUAGGCGAGGGCUUUCAGAAAAUCGGAACCUUAAACAUUUUUGAAGACAAGGUGUAAAUAGUGGGACGGUCUCAGCGAGAAUUACCCAUAUGGGAACGUGACUGCAUCUUUGGUUUUGGGUCCUAGGCCGGCAAGGUUGCCAAAAUCACGAUAUUCUUCGUAUAUGGAAAUUUCACAGAAAUUUUACUCCAAGUCACAAUUUGAAAAAAAAAAUGUUCGGGGAGCAAAAAAGUAAUAUCGUCAAACUUUCUAGGAUGCUCCUACAGACAUAUGGGAACGUGACUGCAUCUUUGAUUUUGGGCCCUAGGCCGGCAAUGUUGCAAAAAUCACGAUAUUUUCUGUAUAUAACAAUUUAACUGAAAUUAUACUCCAAUUCACAAUUCGAAAAAAAAAAUGUUCGGGGUGCAAAAAAGUAAUAUCGUCAAACUUUCCAGGAUGCUCCUACAGACAUAUGGGAACGUGACUGCAUCUUUGGUUUUGGCCCCUAGGCCGGCAAUGUUGCCAGAAUCACGAUUUUCGCUGUAUAUGACAAUUUAACUGAAAUUUUACUCCCAUUCACAAUUCGGAAAAAAAAUGUUCGGGGAGCAAAAAAGUAAUAUCGUCAAACUUUCCAGGAUGCUCCUACAGACAUAUGGGAACGUGAUGCAUCUUUGGUUUUGGCCCCUAGGUCGGCAAUGUUGCCAGAAUCACGAUAUUUGCUGUGUAUGACAAUUUAACUGAAAUUUUGCUCCAAUUCACAAUUCGAAUAAAAAUGUUCGGGGAGCAAAAAAGUAAUAUCGUCAAACUUUCCAGGAUGCUCCUACAGACAUAUGGGAACGUGACUGCAUCUUUGGUUUUGGCCCCUAGGCCGGCAAUGUUGCCAGAAUCACGAUAUUAGCUGUGUAUGACAAUUUAACUGAAAUUUUACUCCAAUUCACAAUUCGAAUAUAAAUGUUCGGGGAGCAAAAAAGUAAUAUCGUCAAACUUUCCAGGAUGCUCCUACAGACAUAUGGGAACGUGACUGCAUCUUUGGUUUUGGGCCCUAGGCCGGCAAUGUUGCAAAAAUCACGAUAUUCUUCGUAUACGGAAAUUUCACCGAAAUUUUACUCCAAGUCAGAGUUCGAAAAAAAAAUUUCGGAGAGCAAAAAAGUAAUAUCGUCAAACUUUCUAGGAUGCUCCUACAGACAUAUGGGAACGUGACUGCAUCUUUGGUUUUGGGCCCUAGGCCGGCAAUGUUGCCAAAAUCACGAUUUUCUUCGUAUACGGAAAUUUCACCGAAAUUUUACUCCAAGUCAGGGUUCGAAAAAAAAUGUUCGGGGAGCAAAGAAGUAAUAACGUCAAACUUUCUAGGAUGCUCCUACAGACAUAUGGAAACGUGAUUGCAUCUUUGGUUUUGGGCCCUAGGCCGGCAAUGUUGCCAAAAUCACGAUAUUCUUCGUAUACUGAAAUUUCACCGAAAUUUUACUCCAAGUCAGAGUUCGAAAAAAAAAUGUUCGGGGAGCAAAAAAGUAAUAUCGUCAAACUUUCUAGGAUGCUCCUACAGACAUAUGGGAACGUGACUGCAUCUUUGGUUUUGGGCCCUAGGCCGGCAAUUUUGCCAAAAUCACGAUAUUCUUCGUAUAUGGAAAUUUCACAGAAAUUUUACUCCAAGUCAGAGUUCGAAAAAAAAAUGUUCGGGGAGCAAAAAAGUAAUAUCGUCAAACUUUCUAGGAUUCUCCUACAGACAUAUGAGAACGUGACUGCAUCUUUGGUUUUGGGCCCUAGGCCGGCCAUGUUGCCAAAACCACGAUAUUCUUCGUAUAUGGAAAUUUCACAGAAAUUUUACUCCAAGUCACAAUUUGAAAAAAAAAUGUUCGGGGAGCAAAAAAGUAAUAUCGUCAAACUUUCUAGGAUGCUCCUACAGGGAACGUGACUGCAUCUUUGGGUUUGGGCCCUUGGCCGGCAAUGUUGCCAAAAUCACGAUAUUCUUCGUAUACGGAAAUUUCACAGAAAUUUUACUCCAAGUCAGAGUUCGAAAAAAAAUGUUCGGGGAGCAAAAAAGGAAUAUCGUCAAACUUUCUAGGAUGCUCCUACAGACAUAUGGGAACGUGACUGCAUCUUUGGUUUUGGGCCCUAGGCCGGCAAUGUUGCCAAAAUCACGAUAUUCGCUGCAUAUUGAAAUUUAAUUGAAAUUUUACUCCAAGUCACAACUCGAAAAAAAAUGUUCGGGGAGCAAAAAAGUAAUAUCGUCAAACUUUCCAGGAUGCUCCUACAUACAUAUGGGAACGUCACUGCAUCUUUGGUUUUGGCCCCUAGGCCGGCAAUUUUGCCAGAAUCACGAUAUUCGCCGCAUAUGGAAAUUUAAUUGAAAUUUUAC